CUCCGCGUCGCGGUGCUGCGGACCUCCUCCGGACAUCUGCCAGGAUUUAGGCUUCCAAAUUCCUAAAACUCCACUCAAACUAUAGUGCUUUUCCAUGGUGUCCCCGGGAGGAUACUCCGAGCUUUAUUCGACUGUAUGGAUUCUCUCGGCGCGUGUAUGACGAUGAGAGACGCGUGGUUUUGGAGUCACGUCUUGGGACUGUCCCUGUCGAUGGUCGCGCUGUGUGCGCCGGGGACCCUCGGGGCAUGGACCCCAAACAACCAAAGCGCGAACCCCACAACAACAGACUUUUACUCUUCAUCCACUCCACAGGAGGAUGUGUUCACCGAAGCAGCGUCCCUCUACAGCGACAGUCCGCCCGCAUCACAGGGAAACCGGGUGCUCCCGCUCAGCUCCACCGCUGGACACUUUGCUGAGACACAAACCUUUGAUGAAAGAAGCAGCAUUUCACUGGAAUCCACAAAUCUGACUACUGAGCCUCUGUCCUCCUCUCUCACCUCCUCCUCCACCACUGAAGCUAUCUACAGCAGCACCCACACCAGUGACGAAACAGGCAGCACCCACACAGGCCAGGCACCCAUGGGAUCCCCUGCAGUGUCCUGGGAGCCUCGAGUCUGGACCUGGACUGAAACUGAGGAUACAAGUUUGCCCCGUGACAGUCCAGAUAGCACCCUAAGACUUGGAGAUGUUACAGACUUUAUUUCACAAACUGCCAUAAACACAGACAGUGCAUAUACAUCAACCACUAUGAGCAGGGCAGGGGAGAGGGCAUUGCUUUCUAUUAGCUCUUUUCAAAACAAUAGCACCUCUUCUGUUUUUACCGAAGACUCAAGUUCCCAUCAACCAUCUGCGACAUGGCCUCUUUCACUGCAAACUACAGAGACUGAAGAUUAUACUCACACCAUUUCUCUACCCAAAACUGAGGUUAUGGACAUAAAACCCCAAACCGACUCUAGAGAAACCUAUUCAGAAAUGGGACAUCCUGUAUCAUCUAGUAGGACAGAAACUUCAAUAAAUGCUACAGAAAAUCAACAAACAUUUACUUCAGAAGUGACAUCCAAUUUGACGUCAUCUUUUACUGUAACAGAGCAGAGCAUAGGCCAGACUGAAUUUGUAAUAUCUUCAACACCUCCUAUGCUCUCUCCUCCCAUUUUACCCACAAACGCCUCAGGCACAGAUCAUGAGGUGAGUUCUUACGAAACAUCUACUCAAGUUUCAACUGAGGUCCAUAGUAUGAGCACUCAGAACCAGCAGGGCACAGAAGGGGUCCCAUCCAAAACUGAAGAGGAUAAGGUGGACAUUGGCCUUAUUACAGUGCCCCCUACUGUCAUCAGCAGGACGGAUAACUCUCUGACUGAAAUGCUGGUUACAGAAGUUUUCCCCACAACAAUAACUGACACAGUAACAGAAAGAUCUCAGCUACCAGAGGAAGACACUUCUCAGGCCACUGUCUCCACCACAAGUGCCCCACUGUCUCCCACUUCAACAUCAAAACCUACCACAAUCCACUCCACCACUAUAGCCUCCCAAACACACACAACAGUUGUCAACAUCGUUACAAUACUUUCUACCAAAGCAUCUUUGCCAGAACAGCAGAGUACUACAACUCACCCUGCUCCAAAUGUAGUAUCCAAGUACACCCCAAAACCUUCCACAAAGUUCCCAACUAAAAAGACCACUCUGCAGCCUGAGACGAGCACAAGUCCCCUGGAAGUAACCACUGCCGUUCAUAGCCAAGUUAUCACGACAACAUCCACAAAUGGGACCCCAACUCAGAGCACAGAGACCCACACCACGCACAAGUGGGCUGGAAGGGAGAGGACUCCAAUGGUCACCACAGUAUCAACUGCAAUCCAACCUCUACCACAACCUCCAAGAAACCCCUGUGUGUCCAAUCCUUGUAUGAAUGGAGGGAUGUGUGUAAACUAUGUAGGGCAUGAGUUCACCUGCCACUGUCAACAAGCCUGGACUGGACCAACCUGCAACGAAGAUGUAAAUGAGUGUGAGCGGGACCCCUGCCCUGUUGGCUCCAGGUGUGUGAACACAAGAGGCUCCUUCAGCUGUGAGUGUCCGCUGGGCUUUGACCUGGAGGAUGGCCGGACCUGCACCAAAGCAAAGACAUUUCUUGGAACUUUUAGUGUGAACAGACAUCCUCAUGACACUGUUAUUUUCAAAAGUGCAACCAUGCAUGAAAUCCAGAGAGAAAUAAUACAACUGCUCAAUGCUUCAUUGUCGGUGCUUCAAGGGUACAGUCGCUCUACACUUAGCAAAAAAGAGGAAGACAGGGUCCGUAUUUUUGCGGUGAACAUGUUUUCCAUCUCUGCUGAUGUGACAAGCUCUGAGGUCUACAACAGUAUCCAAAUGUCCCUGGCAAAGUGCAACUCCUCUUUGGCUCACUGCCACAUGGUGCUACAACAUCAGCUCACAUACCAUGUUGAGAGUUUGUGUGUGGCUCAGCAGACUCAGUGUAACACAGAGCGCUCCACUUGCACAGACAACAGCGGCACUGCCUCCUGUCAGUGCCUGCAGGGAUACUAUAAGCACAAUCCUGAAGACUUGUCCUGUUUAGAAUGUGGAGAUGGAUUUAAACUGGAAAAUGGGACAUGUGUACCGUGCAUGUUUGGUUUUGGUGGAUUUAACUGUGGAAAUUUUUAUAAACUAAUAGCAGUCGUGGUUUCACCUGCAGGGGGAGGCAUUCUGCUCAUUCUAAUCAUCGCCCUCAUAGUUACCUGUUUCAAAAGAGAUAAGAAUGACAUAAACAAAAUAAUCUUUAAGAGUGGAGACUUGCAAAUGUCACCUUAUGCAGACUUCCCUAAAACCAACCGUAUAUCCAUGGAGUGGGGAAGAGAAACAAUAGAGAUGCAAGAAAAUGGCAGCACCAAGAAUCUGCUUCAAAUGACUGACAUUUAUUACUCUCCUGCAUUACGUAAUGCAGACCUGGAGAGGAACGGCCUGUACCCGUUCACUGGGCUCCCUGGGUCCCGUCACUCCUGCAUCUACCCCGCUCAGUGGAACCCCUCCUUUAUCAGUGAUGACUCCAGAAGAAGGGACUACUUUUAACCAUUAAACAAAACACAUUCAAAUCAAAAGGCAUAAAUCUAUACUUUUUAUUAUUGUGUAUUUACAUGUAGGGCUGCAAACAAAUUUCUUGGAUUUGUUUGCAAUCACCAAUGCGUAGCACAAAGAUGUAAAAAUGUGACAACUGUGUGGAAACAUUUGAAAGCCAAAUGAACAGUGGGAAAGCCUGUUGCAGCUCUUUUAUGUAAUGAACAAGACUAAUUAUCACUUCAGAAAAGUUAAUAUAGGGUCAAUUUUAUUUCAUAAUUGUGAACAGAUUUGGAAGGCAACUAUUUCAAAAUUCCUCUUCAGAAUGCCAACAAUAAAUGCAAAAUCUAACAGUCACCAUUAUGUAGGUUUAUGACAGCAGAAGUCUUUUUCACAGUUAUCCAUGGACUGGACAUGGACUGAGUACUGUAUGUUCUAAUGUAUUUUAUUUAAGCCUGGGUCAUAAGAUUUAUGUGAGGUUCAACCUGUUGCUUUAAGGAUCUGUAGCUGUGCUAUUUCUGUGUUUGACUGUAGAAGUUGUAAUUUACUUUGUGUUUGAGUCAGACAUAUAUUUUUGGUAACGUAUUAUGCUUUAUACUGACGUUUUAGUCAGAUGUGCUAAUUUAAGAAUAAAAUGUGUUUUAUUAUU